AUGGCUUCUUCUUCUUCUUCUUCUCCCAGCAAAAUCGCCGACAGCGUAAGGCUUUUGGAGACCUACACCCGCGACUGCGAACGCACCAAGCGGGAGUGCGAGGAGAUCGAGGUGGCGAUGGAGGAGGCCUGGACCCGUCUGUCUGCCAGAGAUGUCCUCUGGUAUGAGCUCCCCGUCGCCGGCGACAGGAAGGACGAGCAGGCCGAGAUUGAACAGGAUCACACGCACCCGUCCUGGACACGCCGGCACCAAAGAGGCGUCUCGCCGAUCCUCUCGCAACGCCAGUCACUAUCCAAAGGCGUUCAGGUCGUCUCUCGAACCAGCCCAAUGAAGAAAACAUCGGCCGGCGACGAUGACGACGACGACGAAGAGCCCGAUCUCUACACGACUUCGAGGAAGCGGCCGACGGCUCGGAAGAAUGAGUUCGAUCGUGCAUUUGACGACUCGGACGAGGAGCCCCGCGCCGUGGCCGACGAAUUGGAAGUGGAGCACGCCGCCGCCGACGGCUCGGAAAAGGAGCCCGGUCGUGGAGACAAUAACCUCGUCCGAGAUCCAUACGUUGACGAGAAUGGCCUUACAUGA